UUCGACACUCCGUUCGGAACGCAUGUGCUAAAUACGUGCACGAUGAAACACGUGGUGUUAUGGCUGGUUGGGGCCAUUAUAAUCCAGCUGUCUGGUGCAGACUACCCAGCACCAAGUGCGUCUUACGGACCGCCCGCCAAGGGUAAAGGCACCGUACAGACGGCGUACGAACCUGCAGUGCAAUACGCGGGACCCAUCAUCUACUCCGACGAGAUGCCUCCCAUCAUCAAGUUCCCAAAGCCUCCUGUCCACCAGGUUUCGGGUGGAUAUGGAGGAGGUGGUGGCGGAUAUGGAAAAGGAGGAGGUGGUGCUCCACCCCCAGUCAAAUUUGUCCCUCUUCCGCACCACGACCUGCCCGUGCUGAUAUACCAAUCUGAUCACAACCCUCCUAUUCACGUCGUUCACAACGUGGAAAUUGGAGGUGGUGAUGGUGGAUACGGUGGCGGUGGUGGGAAAGGAAAAGGUGGCGGUGGAGGAGGUAAAGGUAAAGGAGGUGGAGGAUACGGUGGUGGGGGAGGAGGAAAAAGCAAAGGAGGUGGGGGCGGAGGAUACGGAUUAAGUGACAUGUUUAGUUUUGGUAAAGGCAAAGGUGGGUCCGGUGGCGGAAAAGGGAAGGGAUCAUCCGGAGGCUAUGGCCCACAACCUGAGUCGUAUGGCCCUCCCCCAUCCUACGGACCUCCUAAAGCUCCCAGUCCCAGCUAUGGCCCCCCUAAAGCCCCUGUUCAGAGCUAUGGCCCCCCGAAGGCGCCGAUCCAGAGCUAUGGCCCUCCAAAAGCACCUGUUCAAAGCUAUGGCCCUCCUAAGGCCCCCGUUCAAAGCUAUGGCCCCCCAAAGGCGCCAGUCCAGAGCUAUGGCCCUCCAAAGGCUCCCGUUCAGAGCUACGGUCCACCUAAGGCCCCCAUUCAGAAUUACGGUCCACCUAAGGCUCCCGUUCAGAGCUACGGUCCUCCAAAGGCCCCAGUACAAAGCUAUGGUCCACCUAAGGCACCCGUUCAGAGUUACGGUCCACCUAAGGCCCCCGUUCAGAGUUACGGUCCUCCUAAGGCCCCUGCUCCCAGUUACGGACCUCCCCAAACUCCUCCUGGAGGCUACGGACCCCCUAAAGCGCAGUCUACAGGUUAUGGGGUGCAGUCAGCUGCCUCAGUGAGCUACCCAGUCCCUCAUCCCAACGAUGCGGUGUACAUCCACGCGCCUCCACCGCCCUCGCCUCUCGUAGUGGCUGCUCCACAGCCACAAAUCCUUAUUGCUGAAAUUGUUGACGGUGGUAAAGGAAAAGGAGGCGGAGGCUUCUUCGGUGGUGGAAAGGGUAAAGGAGGAGGAGGGGGAGGAGGAUAUGGUGGUGGAGGUGGCAAAGGGAAAGGAGGUGGAGGAGGAGGAUACGGGGGCGGAGGUGGAAAAGGAAAAGGAGGAGGCUUCUCAUCGAUGUUCAGCAAAGGAAAAGGUGGAGAUGACUACGGCGGUGGUUACGAAGAUGACUAUGGUGGUGGUGGUGGUAUCUUCACUGACUUCUUCUCAAAAGGGAAGGGCGGUGGAGGUAAGGGAGGUGGAGGAAAAGGAGGUGGAGGUAAGGGAGGUGGAAAGGGAGUAUCUGAGAGUUACGGACCUCCUCCAACUCAGUCAUACGGACCUCCCAAGGCUUUGCCUCCCCCUCAUAUUAUCUACGCCGGCCAUCCCCCCAUCCACGUGUACCAGCAGCCCCCGGUGUACCAGAUCUCCGGUGCAAUUCACACCGACGGUGGAGGCUCCAAAUCGAAGGGAGGAUCAGGCUUCAGUCUCUUCGGAGGGAAAGGAAAAGGGGGAGGUGGCGGUAAAGGGAAAGGAGGUGGAGGUGGUGGAUAUGGUGGCGGCGGUGGAGGAAAAGGUAAAGGUAAAGGAGGUGGUGGAGGAGGUGGCAGUUAUGGUCCACCCCCGUCUUAUGGGCCACCUCCUCCAUCUUAUGGUCCUCCCCCACAGUCUUAUGGUCCACCGAAAGCUCCUCCGCCAUCGUAUGGACCACCACCCAAAGCUUCUGUAGGUUAUGGCCCACCUAAGGCUCCUCAGCAAUCAUAUGGACCGCCUCAUAAGCCAGCACCCACUUAUGGCCCGCCGCCUAAGGCUCCAGCUCCUUCUUAUGGACCCCCUAAGGCUCCAGCUCCUUCUUAUGGACCCCCUAAAGCUCCAGCUCCUUCUUAUGGGCCCCCUAAGGCUCCAGCUCCUUCUUAUGGACCCCCUAAGGCUCCUGCUCCUUCGUAUGGACCCCCUAAGGCUCCAGCUCCUGCUUAUGGACCCCCUAAGGCUCCAGCACCAGCUUAUGGGCCACCUAAGGCUCCUCAAUUAGGAUACGGGCCUCCAAAGGAGCAAUCUUUGACGUACAUCCCCGCUAUCCUGGUCGAGGUUGAUGACUAUGAGGAUUCUGGGAAAGGUAAAGGGAAGGGUGGCGGAUUCUUCGAAAGUUUCGGAUUUGGUGGAGGAAAAGGUAAAGGUGGUGGUGGUGGAUAUGGAGGAAGUGGCGGUAAAGGAAAAGGAGGUGGCGGUGGUGGGUACGGCGGUGGUGGUGGCAAAGGAAAAGGAGGAGGUGGAGGAUAUGGUGGCGGAGGAGGCGGCAAAGGAAAAGGAGGAGGUGGGGGUGGAUAUGGCGGAGGAGGCAAAGGAAAGGGUGGUGGUGGCGGAGGAUACGGAGGCGGUGGAGGUAAAGGCAAAGGAAGUUUAUUCGGUGGUAAAGGUAAAGGCUCUGGUGGAGGAGGCGGAGGUUAUGGCGGUGGAGGCAAAUCUCAACCUGCCUAUAUACCGGCACCCAAAGAAUUACAUAAGCCCCCUAUCAUCAUUUACCAAGGCGUCCGUCCCCCUGUACAUGUAUACGAGGCCCCGUCUUCUGGAUACGGGCCUCCUCCAAAAGGUUCAGGUUAUGGGGACGGUGGAAUAGGAGGAGGUGGAGUCCAUUUAGGAGGUGGUGGUCAUGGAGGAAGUCACGGAGGAUUUAUAGGAGGAGGUGGUGAAUCUUAUGCACCGCCCUUAUCAUAUGGCGCUCCUAAAGGAGAGGAUAUCGUCAAUAAAGGAGGCGGAGGAUAUCAUAGAAGAUCAUCGAGCGUAGAUGCUGUAGCCGCUCCUUCUGAAACCAGCGGUUACUCUUCAGUCUCGUCGUCAGCUUCAGUCUCGCCAUCCGUAAGUCCUGACACUCACAUUGAAACGCCAUUGUCACAUUUUAGUAUAGAUGCAAAUUUCCACGAUGUCCCGAAAGCCGAUGAUAUUUACAAGAACGUUCAGGAGGAUUUAACCCCAACUCCAGGAGUGAGCAAUACUGUUCGCGUUCUCGACACCAACAGCGUCGUGGAACCACGAGCAAUCGAGAGGGUUGAACAGAGCAGGAGUGAGGCCCACGUCACCGCUUCAGUGUCCGUGAGCAGCAACCAAAAUGUUGAUGAUUCUGCUUACGACUCAUCAGACUCGCAGGCAAAUAAUAGACAAGCUAAAAGCCUACCACUGUCUGAGGGUUCUGAUAGUAAAAAGGAAGAUGAUAAGGAAUGAUAAUUUAUAUAAGGCUUAGAUUUUUUGUUAGUGGUGCGCUGGAAAUUCAUUUAAAAUGGUGCGGUAUUUUUGUAACAUUGAAGGCUAUUCACGCUAUUAGCUUGAUAGCUGGCACAUGCAUUGAAAGGAAAUAUCAACGAUUGGUCAAGAAUGAGAGCUAUUGCAGGAAGAAUUGUAGUCCAGUUACCAUUGAAUGCACUUAUAAAUAAUUGCUUUUAUAAAAAUUCUAAAGGAGCUUCAAAUGUGUAUUUUAAGUUCGGAGAAACGUACUGGAAAUGCAUGGGCAUAUGCAGUUUGAAAUAUUUUCGUUCUGAUGAGAAUAGAGCGGCAGAGAGGAUAUGAUAAUAAAGCGUUAUUUCAGUGCAAGAUAUAGCGUACACGCAGACCAACUGUUGACUUCACCAACUGUACAUAAAUGUAUAAGACUAAUGUACUCCGUAUAAAAGCUGUUGAAUCCCUGCACUGUACCUUGAUGUCGCCAUUUCUCUGUAAUUAAUCGGUUGAAUUUGUUUUCCGUUUUUUUGGUGCGUUUUCUAAAAUAUGGAGAUUCUCACCUAAUUAUAUAAAUUGCCAAAGGUUGCACGGCAUGUAAAUAAACAUUUCUUGACUACAGCAAUAUCUGACCUUAACAAUCAAUGUAUAGUUUUGUCUCCUCGUUGAUGCACUUUAAGCAUGUGCUAUGCGAAUACCAAUACUUUUUUCGAUAAAAUAGAAAGAAAUUAUCCAGGAUUGCAAUAUGAGAGUUUACACAGCUUAAUUUGUAGAUGAUACUGAAACUCGUAUGGCUGAUCCGAAUAAUGUGUUGUUAUUGCUGUUAUUUUCAUGACUUUGUAAAAUUCCAAAAUUUCUAUAAAAAUGCAACAGGCAUUUCUUAAAACCCUUGUAUCUUCCAUAUUCUAAUUAUUGUUGAAAUCUUACAAUUAUUUCGUGUUGACAAUUUCAAAUCAUUGUAAUGUCGACAACGUAUGAAUUUUUUUUAGAUCUGAAUUUUAGCAUUUCAAUUUGUACUUGCCAAUGAACUGUUGUUUGCUGAUUUCUUUUUACUUUAUUAAAAUUCAAUAACGAUGAGAAGCGCCUGUAUGUGUCUUUUUUUUUGUUUGUGUAUGUGUGUGUUACCGCCCUAUUUGUACGUUAAAUGCGAACAGAUAUCGUGAUGUUGAUACCGUUCCUCAAACUCGCGUUCCUCAAAGUGCGUAUUGAAAGUGAGAAAAACUUUCUCUGUGUUUCGCAAAUUGUAGUCAAUACGAAGUAUUUUCUAUGAAAAAAGUAGUAGCUGUUGUAGGAGGCAAAAUUGUUCUUCGAAUGUACGAUACGUCACUUUGAAUGUUAUUUAUUGAUAUUGUACGUUAACAA